UGCAAAUCUGCAAAGACGCAUUAUGAAGAAUCAGAAACGAAACAAUAAAUAGGACGUAGAACGUACGUUUGAGCCUUUAAAGACCUUUUAGUCUUGGUUUUCUUUGUCUAUUUUUUUCUACUUCCUUUAGCAGCUACUAAUGGAAAGGUACUAUAGGCAUGCAUAGGGUUCAGUGCUUCCUAGAAAUAGGUUGUGGUGUAUCCGAGCAUAGACAGAUUUCGUUUCGUGCUAGCAGCCAGUGAGCCAGUCGUCCGUCUGAUGGAACGGCUAACGAUUAACCGGACACUAAGCUCAAAACAUAGAAAGGCAAUAGCAACUCAGAAAAGGUUACAGGUAAAUAACGAAAACGGCCUUCUAUUGUCCGAUAUUAGAUAAUGUUACCGCCCGAACGUGUUGUGGUCUUGGUAAGGCCAGGUUCAAUACGGUAUCUAACGAGGGACGACGGCGUAGCGCAGGUGAUCUAUUCAUACACUACAAGCUUUGUAUACUUUCUCUGCAGUAGAUAUUUCAGCAGAUGGGCAGAUCUCGGCACGAGAACCGCCGCUGACCUGGUGAAGACCGAGUGCAGUUUAAUAGUGCAUAUAUGAGUAACAGGACAUCACUAAGAACGGCCGAAGUUUUCAUUUGUUGGAUGCAAAAUUUUUGUUGGUUUCACAGUCCUAAAAAUACAGGGUUUGAACAAGAUACGGAAAAGCACCGUCCUCGGUAAGGAUCUAGUUGUUUUUAGUGACGUCUACUGGAGACAAUUAAGCGGACUGAUUUACGGGCUACUGUAUAAAUCAACAAAACAGCUACUAAUAAUAUUCUUCCAGCAAUGCAGUGGUCAAUACUGACAUUGAACUGUACUUCGCUUUAAUUGCCGUCAAAUCCGUCUUAAAAAACACAUAACAUUGCCUCAUUUUCCAUUAAACUUUACCGAUAACACCGGCUAUUCUGAAUCAUCUAACACAGUAAGCUAUGAGCCGAAAAAACCAUUUCCCUUAAAUGUACGCCCUUUUCCUUUCACCGACACAGCGUGGGCCUACCGUUACGGCCUGUAUUCUCAGAUCCCCACGACCUGAAGCGAAGGGCUGUUUUUUUCUGAGAGCACGUUGUUAAACAGUGGCGGUAUCAGGAGAAAGGGCAGAGUACAGUCCCAAUAAUCCGAUUUCUUACAGUGGGGUUAGGGAAGCUCAAGGUAGCUAGAUUACAGAGGGGGGAAAACGCACUCCAUUGGUUCAAUCGCUCGCGACCAGUUACCAAGUGCUCUAUUGGCUCUGGAUCUGACCGACUGGUCUUUGCCUUUAUUUCUGCCUCUACUCCUGUCAAGGCUAAGUCUGCUUGUGCGUUGAGAGAAUCCUCGUGUGUCAACAAAUUCGUAUGCAAGCGUUUGCACAUGUACUGUUUACCCCCGUCCUGAGCACCCCUUGUGCUGGUUGUGCGACUAGCAAACUGCUACGGACUAAGGUGACUAUCCUAGCGACUACUGCCUAACUCUACGUAACUGUGCCGGGGAUUAACCCUUGUCGGAACAAGAGUCCGCUUGUUUUGUACUGCGAAUAUCUGUCUGUCGAAAGUCCUGCUUAUUCUCUCUUUCCUUUCUUGAACGAACUAAGCUUCAUGAGAGUUCUGCAAACAUCUGUGCAGAGCGCAGCAAUGGUCUAGGUUAAAGCGGGCAGGCAUGCGAGGUGGCAGGAAGCAGGCAUGGAUGUCGUAUCGUAUGCAAGGACUCCCGACCCUGUUAUUCCCUGAGCUCCUACAAACUCGCACCUUUCACCAUUCUCUGCCAGCCUGUUCUACUGUAGUUGAGCAUCCCGGCGCACACCGCCAUCAACUGCCCUCUCCGGACGUAAAGCUUGAAACAUUUAAUUCCCCUCUCCGCUACUGGGCGGGUUACUUUCACUGGCACCGGCAGCUGUGGAGUGGACCGGAGUCGCGCACGCCCAAUACGGUCUGUCUGCCGCAUGCGCCUGAUUGUGGUGCGACAGGAGCCGCAGUCACCGCCGCCGCCGCCGCCGUUGACGACGACGUCGUCGUCAUGCGAAAUGGCGGCAGCCGGCAACAGCAGCCAAGAUCACCAUAUCAUUGUCAUCAUCGUCGUAACCUCGUUGGUUGUAAGCCACGACUCCGACGAUAACAACGGUGUCGGCGACUCUUCCUCUUCGUACUUCUUUUCCUUUCGCUGGGCCAUAGAUGCGGCCUGUAUUGGGUUAUGCUGCUGCUGCUGCUAGUAGUACCGCCGCUGCCGUCGACGCUGUUAUUGUUGUUGUUACUAUCAAGCAAGCGAACUCCAUGGAGUACUACUAGGCUUCCUUUCCGGCCAGCCUCCUCGUAGCUUUGUCGUCUGCCAAGAGUCUCUGGUGCUGCUAUUUAAUAGUAUAGCUCGAGUCGGUGUUGUUUACUCGUUUGAUCGUCCGGUGGCCUUCUACUCCAUGGGCCUAUUUCUCGAAAAGAAAAAGGGAGAAAGUACCAAUAACAGGGCGUUGCUGCUCAUAACUGGAGACGCGUUAUUUAGUACAGCAAAUAGUACAGUAGCUGGUACGUAGCCACUGCCGAGCCAGCUGUCGGUCUGCGAGCUCGCUCCGUUACACGCGGCAAGAUGGGUUCCCUCCUCCUUCCUUCUUUAUUCAGCCACACUCCUGUGACGCCGAUGGCAAACCGACGGAUGGACAGACGAACCAGUGAACGGCUGCGGUGCAGGCGGUUACUCGCAGUCCAGCAUACACACACACGCUCAGGCAGACGAUUGCCAGGUUCACAUAGAGAAAGCACUUAUACUCACACCAGCAUACGCGCACAGGCUGAUAGUAGCCGACAACGCCACCGCCAUCGCCGUCGUCGUCGUCGUCGCAGCGCAGGCUCCUAGCGUAGUGGAGUCCAUACCGUUGGCUGUGCUCCGCUUCGGUAUCAGCGGUAGUCAGUGGUGGCUAGACAGCAGACCCGGCUAGACGCAGAAAAAAUACAGCCAGCCAGCCACCCAGCUACCCAGACAAGGCAAAACAGGUUUCUGGCCACCGCAGCGGCUGUUAGAUCGCACUGCCGCUCACAGUCACCGUCACAUCGAAGACGACGACCACCUGCACCCACACCGCCAACAAAAUUGGAAUAUUGACCGCCAGCGCAACCGAUUGAUCGACAACAAGCACCGAUUGUCGAACGUCGUAACGUCUCCUGUGAGCUGCGGGCCGCGCGCCACGCGCACGGAGACUGUCGUGCACUGGUGCACUCCCCUCUCCAUAUUUCUCUUUGGGGUGUCUGUGUGUGUGACUGUAUCUGAGUGUGUGUGUGUGUGUGUGUGUGUCAGUGCGUGCGUGCAUGUGUGUGUAUGUGUAGCCAGAAGUGACCAACGAGAGAUAAAGGAAUAGAAUAAAGCAUUAAAAACUCUAGGGAAAUAGUACGAGCGAAUGCAGGAGAAACCGACUAUACUAGAAAGUGAUAGGAAGGAAGCUCCAGAAAGAAAGGGUUUUUUCUGUUUGUGGAAUCGACUGACUGACCGGGACGUUUGCCAUCCCUCAAAAUGUUCUAAAUUAGUCCUCAACGAUGACCAGAAGAGCCGAGAAGAACAACGAACUUGACUGCCACCCGUACAAUUCUGAUCUGAUACUGCGCAUUGAGUAAACUAACUGAAACGUCGUUGGAAGCUAAAUUGACACGGUUCUAUUCAAUUCCAUGGGGCGUUUGGUCAGCUCUUGGUAACUUACAGCCCGACCGAUGGUCGUGUGAACAAACAACAAUCAAAAACAGUGAUAUUCUGCUUAUUCCAACAGAUAUCAGAUAGAAACAGAGGCAUCGUUAACAGGGCUUCGCCUGCUACCGUCGCUGCUGCAGCGGGUGCCAUUGCAGUUGCCCGGUUGGGGCAGAAGCGACGCUGUCAUCUGGUGCCGCCUCGUGGGAGCCGCCAUGUCGGUGUAGGUCUAGCCCCGUCUAUGUUUAUUUAUACGCGCGGCGGUUAUUGCCGCAGGAGUCUCCGGUACCAGCAUGAACACCGGCUGUGCCACUCGUUCGAGAGAUGAUGACGCCAUCGUGCAACUGCGACACCAGCCUGACGCGCGUCGACGACAACCGCGACUAGAGUGACCCCGUUAAGCCCACUACAGCGACGCCAGCGUGACCGCUCGUGCAAGAAAUAGCAUCAUCAGAAGCACUGCCACCGUCAGCACCAUCCACUAGAACUACAGAACUGCUGCGGAUGUCAGGACGGUGACGACAACAAAAAAAAAAGAAGCGAUAACUGGAAUUGUCGCUGUUGUCGAUCCAUGACAACUAUCACUACACAGUUCCCGCCUGCCUAUUGCAGCCUUUGGAAGGGUCUACGGCCAUUUCAACGAUAGCAAUAACUAUCUGGGCUGAUUCUACUGCCUGCGCACUUGAACGGGUGCCGCCGUGAACGCGGCUAGUGUUGUGACUAUUGUCAGGCGAAUAUUAUAUCCUAGAGCAAUGGACGAAAAUCGGUAUACGAGCCUCACUUAGCGCAUUGGUUGUUGUUGUUUUUAUUGUGAAGAACAGCGCCGCGGUACUUUAUUUUUUUUUUGUUCGCCAAUUGUCCCGCUCAUCUUCGUUGUCGCCAAAGUUUCAUUGCUGCCGGCGCUGUCGUUACUUCCUCCCUCGUUCUGGGGUGCUCUUCUCUCGCGCUGCCUUUCGAAUUCUCCAGCACCACACGUAUUAGUCGGUUGGAAUUUGCCGUUGUCGCUCUCGUGGGCUUCAUUGGGGCACCGUGUGGAGAGGAGAACUGGCGAAACUCCUGUGCGACUGGGACCGCCGCUCGAGCUGCUGCUGAUCGUAUGUAUCUUGUGCUUCUGAUUCGGACGCAGCUCAUUGCCGCUGCUACGACCACUACCGCGGCGGUGGUUUCUGUGGCUCCGAGUUCGAGGCGCCGCUGCUGCUGCUGCUGUUGUUGCUGCUGCUGCUGCUGAUGGUCGUCGCGGUGAUGCUGAGAAGAGGAAAGUGCUGAGCAGCGGCGCCGGCGGCGGCGGCGGCGGCAGCAGCAGCACAUCCACAGCGGAAGCAGCAAAAAAAGCAACAGCCAUCAGAAUUGUGACUGGAGAAAAAAGCAAAGUUGCGUCCGUUCAUUUUCGAAUCGAAGAGGGCCAGCACUCGCCUGGAGUUAGUUGCUGCAGAUCGCUCCCAGCAGUAUCAGUAGUGUGAUCGGAGGCGCUGCUGCUGCCACUCUGAUGAAUAUGGAGGCGGGUCAGUGAGUCGCGUUCGCCUCUGUUGUCACGAUCGGUACGGUUUGGUGUUCUGCCCGCUAACACGCUGUGCUGAUGCCCGCACCGGCUGCUGGACUUUCUAUACCUUCUAUUAGAUCCAUUGAGCCUGUCUCGUUAGAGCGAAUAGCGUCGGUACAAGUUCUGCUGGUACUGCUCAGUGUUACAGCUGCUGCCUCUGUUACAGUAUUGUAUGUAUUAGUAAUCGUUUGGAUUUGUCAUCACCACAAAAACAGCCCGUGGAUCGCGGUUCGUUACAGACGCCACAAGCAAGUGACCAUCAGAAUCGGCGACCGCGGCUUCGUCGUGAAUAUGACCACUGAUCGUGUACCUCUAUGUGUUUGCCAUAGCUAAUGAUUUCCUUGAGGAGUACGAUAUAACAGUACGAGACUGUGGGGCGAGAAACGGAGCGGAGUCGAGCCCAGCCAAGGCAGGGGCAUAACUUACUGCUGCUAUCAGUAGCCGACGAAUUCUCUCUUGCGUGGAAAAAUGUCGCGGUCGUAGCGCCGUCAGUUUGCAUAAGAAUAAGCUAACUCAGGAAUUGCUAUACAAAAAAUUGAUCUACAAAGGUGAGCCAAUAGGUGAGCUUCAUUGUUACUGCACCUCGUUUCCUUAAGUUCGUACCCAUUGAAUGGCUGUGCCUUCUGAUCCUUACAGUGGGCAGGUAGUGGGCAGCACAAUCAGAUGAAGUAUACAUCAACCGAAGUCGGAAAAGGCCAUGCGUGAUUGGAUACGCGAUGAAACUGUGAGAACUACGGCACAUCUGUAUUUUUCCUGCAUCCGAGCGGCGGUCGCUGUUUGGAGCAGCGACUUCCAGCGGCAACUUCUAAUCUGUUUGCCUUCUUGCGGACCCUCCAACAACUGGGCCUGUACUUCACCUUAGGUCAGAGUAUCUGUGGUUUACGGUGCGUGAGCUGAUACCCGAGGUUGUUCAUGUUUAUAUAUGUUAUAGGUUCUUGGUGAUGUGUUUUUUCCCUGAUAAAUGCGCUUGGUCAACUUGAUACGACUCCGAUUGGGUGUGUGAAUCUUGUCACCAACACGCAGCAGCGUGUGUUAGCUGGAAGAACAUCAACAAUCACUUAGUAAGUCUUCUCUAGUGUCUGUGUGGGCAGAUUGAGUGUCCAUGGGAUAGUAAAUAGAACGCCUUUUUACGGGGGUAGACAACCCAGUGUUGUAGCCGUGGUAGGGUUCAGCACGUGAAACAUUACCAUAGUCAAACAUUGGCCACUCUGCCACAAAACGAGAGAUGGCGCUCGACGGUGUUGAACCUGACCAGAUCGUACAGCUCGCCGAAAUAGAGAAAGAUGGGCUGUACCUGGCGGUGCUCAACAGCCCGGCCCGGGUUCGCUCCACGGCAUCGGUCCACUUCUUCAGUGUCGACGAGGAACUUGUUUAUGAGAACUUCUACGCCGACUUUGGACCGCUCAAUCUUGCUAUGCUAUACCGGUACUGUUGUAAACUUCAUAAAAAGCUCAAGAGCUGCGAGGCGAACGGCAAGACUGUAGUGCACUUUUGUUCGAACGAGGAACGUCGACGCGCGAAUGCUGCUUUUCUCAUUGGAGCCUACCAGAUUCUGUACCUGGACCGCAGCGCCGAGCAAGCAUUCCGUCCUCUGCAACAGUCGAGCCCCCAGCCAUUUCUCGCGUUUCGCGAUGCCUCGGUAGGGCCGACGACGUAUCAGCUCACGGUUCUUCAUUGUCUCAAAGCUUUGGAAAAGGCGGCUCAAGUCGGCUUCAUCGACUUCAGUUUAGGUGGAUUCGACCUUGAAGAAUACGAACACUUCGAGCGAGUUGAGAACGGUGAUUUUAACUGGAUUGUACCAGGAAAAUUCCUUGCGUUCUGCGGACCUCAUGCCAAAUCUAAGGUUGAAAACGGCCAUCCAUUGCAUGGACCGGAAACUUACUUCAACUACUUCAAGAAACACAAUGUGACGACAGUGAUUAGACUCAACAAGAAAAUCUAUGACGCUUCCAAAUUUACGGAAAACGGAUUUACUCAUAAGGACCUAUACUUUGUCGACGGAAGUACGCCGUCCGACGCUAUCAUGCGUGAAUUCUUGGAUAUUGCAGAAAGUGCGCCUGGCGCCCUGGCAGUCCAUUGUAAGGCCGGUCUCGGACGUACCGGUACCCUUAUCGCUUGUUAUAUUAUGAAACACUUCAGAUUUACUGCUGCUGAAGCUAUCGGAUGGAUUCGUAUUUGUCGGCCGGGAAGUGUCAUUGGUCAUCAGCAGCACUGGCUUGAGGAGAAACAAGCAUAUCUUUGGCUGCAGGGAGAUAUCUACCGAAGUCAACAACGGUCCAAUCGUUUCAACAACAAUAGCGCCACCACAGACAGUGCUCCGACGAAUAAUCCUAGCAACGACAUAAACAGCAGCGUAAUUCACAACAACAAUAAUAACAAUAAUCUUAAUAGCGCCAUCUACAACAAUAAUAACAACGGAACGGUCGGCGUACAGCAGCCACCGCCACCAUCAGCGAGUGCUAUGGCCGUUUCGCCAUCGACGUCGACGCCUGCAAUGGCCAACAGCGGCCAGAUAGUAGCAGGCACAAAUGAAGCACAAAAUAGUGAGCUCAACUCUCUACUUGCAUUCACUCAAAAGAACGAAAAUCACUUUACCAUUCAACUGCAUCAGAGCAUCGUUCAUCGACCAGCGAGUUUAACUCCAAGCACUAGACGAUUGCAAAAACCCGAGUCCGUUUCAGUCGAAUCGGAAAGGGGUCUGCAGAAAAUACUAUCACAAGUAGACCGAAUACAGUUGGACUGUGAAAACAACAACGCCCAUGGUAACCCGUCGUCAACAUCGGCAGCAUCGACGUUUGUGGCCACAACUGCCAGUGGAGCUACUACAGCCCAGAACGGACAGAAUGGAGCUGGCAGGAUCACCGGUGGACCCACGGGACCUCGCGAAAAGGAACGGGGGAGUCAAGGGGAUCAGCUGGUCAAAAUCAAAGCCCAACGAAAUCGCAGCUCGCGGAGCGUUACCGCAACGGGAACCAAGUUAGUCCCCAACAUAUCUACCUCACAGAGUUCGCGCCCAUCAAGCUAUGACGAUUGCGCGCUACCUCACUACAUGUCACCUCUGAAAAGUAUGAAACUUCACAAGAUCGAGUUAAGUCGACGCGAAGUGUCUUCGUUAGGAACACCGCCUGUGGGUACGUCCCCUACAAGUGGACUUGGGGCUGCUGCUGGUAGAGGAGGAACAAUAUCAGGCAUUGGAAUUGCAAUUGGCGGUUCCUCACAGGGAAGCCAACAAAAACGGCCGUCGCGAAGUGCCGAAAGACGUCGUGGCAAUGCUGACCGCAGUGGGAACGCGACCGGCGGAAGUAGCGGUGGGGGUUCGGGUACCUCAACACCACUUCGACGACCGCCUAAAACUGAACCUGGAAGCCGAGCUGGCAGUGGAGGAACGCCACGCAGGUGUGCCUCCCGACUGAUGGCACCAACUACAGCUUCGAUGAAUCGGUGCCGCGCUACGAUGCUGACCCGAUCACAAAGUCCUCAACACAGAGCCACAUCGGCUGCAAACAAAUAGGCUUUCUGUCCAAAUGUAGAAUUUGGUAAAACUAUUACUCCUCGGAACCAGACACAUAUCAAGCUACCCUAGCUGUGAUAAAUACUUACACAAUAAUUGUAAUAAUUAUGAAUACCGUAUUAGCAUUACCUACCAUGUACACGUUUGCGGCAGGAUCUGGGCGGCACAUCGAUAUGAACGACAACGGCAACAAUGCUACCGAUUAUGCGAAGUCUUCGUACCCACUCAGGACGCCUGUAUACGCUUAAUAGGAUCUACCAGCGGUCCUUUAAUAGCCACGGAGGAAUUUGAACGAAAUAAUUACUUAGUACGAUAUCGAGCUGUAAUAGGUCCAAUUCAGCACGUACGUAACAUUUUGUUUUCGUUAGCUCAACAAGAACAACAACAAUAGCAUCCACAGCAACAUUGAGGAGAAUAGAAAAAUGAACGUUGUUUUUGUGCUCACGACAACACCUUCGCUCAAUAGCAAUAUGCUAGCAGACGGCCUGAACUGUCAAGCCAUUUCAUUGUCGUAAUAAUGACAAGGAAAUAGAAUUAGUCCGAGGUGUUGAUCUGCCUAGCCCAGAACGAAAAUCGAGUAUCGGCCGAUCGUCACGUAUCGAGCUCUGCAACCAUCACCCGUCCGUACCAAAAUUUUGGCUAAACACGAUGUGUAUUUGUAGUCAGUAGAUAUCAAGAAUGACACGGCGCGAUUUGCUAACGUGCUGGGCAACGACGGUCCCUGCGUUUUCAAGGGACUACAGGGAGAAAAGGCGGCGAAAGAUACUCUACGUUUAUGGAAAAUCAUAACAUCCUAAAAAGAUCGUCUCAGAUCGUAGUCCGAUCUUAGGGCUGUUUGCCAAAAAACAACACAUUUAUAUUGCACUCGAUGUGCGAUUCCAGACUGUGUUUUGAUUGAUAAUUUAGCGAAACUUAGCAAUGUACUUCUAUGGUUCUGCUGAUGCCAGAGUAAACGUCUGUCCCAACAUCCGACCGUGUAUAUGUGUAUAGAAUCAAAUCACGUGCCACCUCGCUGUUGUUGUUGUUCUUGUUGUACCCUAUGGCAUCUCUGACGGCCGCAGUGGGAAAGGGGUCAUACUAUGGAAGCGUUUUCCCCUGACUAAAUGCCAUUAGGACGCAAACACAAAAUGAAUUAGACGCGUGCGACGCAUACUACGUAAACCUACAACUAAUUACGGAACGGACGAACACGUAACCCGGAUGCUUAUAAAACGCUGCGGAUUUUCGGCACGUCAUUCAGGUCGUGAUUGUUUGGUCGGUUUAUAGGUCACGCUUCUCAGUGGUCUCUAUCUUUACGUGGAGAGUAUCAACUGUUAAACAAUGUUCCAACUAAACAUACAUAUAUUAGGACACAGCGCAAUAAUAACUAAUAUAUGACGAUGAAGCAUAAUAAUAAUAAUAAUAAUAACAAUUUUAUUGCUGGUCAGUGAUACAGCUCUAGCUGUACCCGUAUAACAUAUAUAUUCUGACUUUUUGCCUCUAAAAUAUUGAUAAGGAACACAUACUCAGCAAGCGUUGAGACGGUACUGUGACACGUCUAGGCAGCAUCAUGAAGCUGAUUAAGCCAUACCUUUUGCAGAUCUGAUAGUCCUGCGAGACAUCUUGAGAGAGUUUCGUUAUAAAGGAAGAGAAAAUUUCCUAAUAAUUACGUCACAGCCCAAAAUCUACGUAUGUCUAAGGUUCAAAUCAUUACUGCCGUCCGUGCUCCCAACAGAAUAAAUGGGGGUUGGGCUAUAUUCAUAAACGAAUAUGCAUAUAAAAACUAUUAUGGAUUAUAUCGGCUAAUGGUUAUUAUUAGCAUAUGUACUACGCACCAUUGACGGGUGUUUGUAAAAUACGCAAAGCUAGAAACUGAAGUGGGAAAGCUACGUAUCUGUAAGUCCUAAAGUAUCUGUACUUUGUUGUAUACACACCUGGUCAUAAUAAGUCAUUGACGAUGAUUACAAUCUAAUCAACGACUACUCUCGUUAGGGUUCAUAUAAUAACGCUCUCAUCUUCACGCGGAGCAGAUUCAAGUUAAGUUUUAAGUUAUCAGAAAUACAGAUACGUCAGUGCAGAUACGCUGUACGGAUGUUGUCACUCUUCCAUAGAUUUGCCGACCCCAUGCGUAAAUACAUAUGCAUACCUAAAUUGCAAUUUAAACGAGUACGUUAAAGAUAGCAGAGACUAUUCUAAAUAAUCGACACAAAACGACAUGCAGAAUUAAAGGGCGGAAAGGGCGACUGGGCGACAGAAAACAAAUUUUACGAUCGUCCGACGAAACGCUGCGCGAAUCUCCCAUAGACAUAAGUCAUUGAACCACAGUGUUCUAUGAAGAACAAUGGACGGCAACACCAAACGUCCUCAAUGUGGGAACGACAUUGAGUCAAAAUGGCAAUUGAACGUACAUAGGGGUUUUGGCCAAUAUCCUUUCUGCUAUAUCUGACGCACUUCCGCCAUGGCCUGGGCUCAUUGGCACGGCCGGAAUUCGUAUAGCCCUGUGUCAUAUAGUAUUCAAUAGUCCAUUGUCGUAAAGAACAUAGUAAUGGGAUGACUUAUGUACGCGUUGUAUUUCUUGGUUAAACUGUCCUUAAGCGCGAGCUGACGCCGUUUUCCGGCCUUGGAUACUGACUGACCUGCGGAUCGAUCAUCAUCCCUAUCACACUUUACCGUAGGUGGGAUAUCAGCAGAGCUGCGCGGUGCCAGAGUACUGUCCAACUUAUUGUUGUUGGCGCUAUUUUUACUGGACCUACUUCGGUCGGAGGACCGCAUCACCAUUUCUGAAUACAUAUACAUCAGCCGCAAACAGAAAAAGUUAAUACGCUGCCCGACAUGUCAAACAACUUGCCACCUGAUCAUCAAUAAACGUUUUCAGUCUAUGACGUGAAUGUAAUUCUGAUCACUAUUAAUAUUAUUGUCAAUUACCCGGAGGGAGGGCGACGUUCAUUUAGUGACGACAAAAUCCCUACGUUCUGACCCCUUUUCUCAGCACAGAAUUGUGACACUGUCUUUAUACGUGCGUAGUUCGAUAUACGGGCCAGUACCGAUUGAAGACAUUUAAUAUUUGGCAUACCUUUAAUCAUUGGUUACUAAAAGUUUUUUCUUUCGCUUUUGAAUUCGAUCUCUAUAACGUGUCUUCAUCUCUGCGAUGCCACCGACAUUUAGCGAAAUCUACGCGAUUCAAUUAUUAGGAAAUGCAAAGGAUUAUUAUUAAUAUCAUCACUGAUUACUACACGGAGCUGUAGAUGGCAUGAAUGGCGAGAUAAAUUCUAAAUGUACCUAUGGAAUUGUAUUAUAGCAACGUAUAUCCGUAGGCCAAACCUAGGUACGGUAUGUACCCAUAUACACUUACAUCGAUGAUCAGUUCAUUCAUCGCAAUUAUGUUACUGAAUCAGUGUAACGUCUUUUUGCCCUAUCCGAAGAAAUCCGUCAUUCCAGCCAUUGUUAUACCGUCAAGUAGUUCACAUUGACGUGUUGUUCCAGAUGCGUCGAAAUAACCCGGUCCGUUUAGACGGUGGAGAAGAUAUUGUCUACAGAUUUAGCUUUUUGCUUCAUCUGCUGCUGUCGUGACCACCAAAGUACAGAUCGUUUCGCUUGAUCUUCAAUACUUACUGCAGCUAGCCAUAAAGGCUACCGUUGGAGUGCCUUUUACAGGUUUCUUUUGUGAGAGCCUAGUGAAUGAACUUCGAUUACACCGUGUUUUGAUUGACGACGUUUCCUCUAUAUAACAUACAACUUAUUUCCUCCAAUCAAUCUAUAUAGGACGACCGAAAACACACGCUCUGGGAUUGAUUGUUUUCUGUCGAACAUCCUGCUGUAGCUAUGGCACACUCAUCUACAAUCAAACGAUCGAGUAAUAUCGAUUUAGUCAAUUAUAUCUAAUAAAGCGUUGGGUGCAGGGGUGCAGCGAAAUAAAGCGUGAGCACUUUAUAGGCCCGUCGUCACUGGUAUCAAUACUGAGCAUUUAAUAGUAAAACAAGGAAGACUUGUCGCAUCGUUUGUAUGUCGUUUUUGUCUUACGGAACAAUCUACACACGUGUCCAUAGGGUUAAUCUAGUUUCAAAGGCUCACUGCAAUGGUAAAUGAAAAGAACCCAUCAACUGUACAUUCGCACCCCUGUAGCAACGCUGGUGCUAGAUAAAUUCUGAAAUUCGCUCUGAAAUCAAAGAGACAUAUUCGCUAUGUUGAAUGCAAUAGCAACACGAACACCUCAGUCAGUACUCACGGGGCCAUCGCAUCGCCUAUAGACGUAAUCUAUGUACGUGUGUAUACGAAUACGUACGAUUUAUUAGGGGAAAAACCUCCACGGAAAGGAUUCAUGUUUAAACAUUGCCGACCUCAACAAUGUUCCAAGUGGUAUGACACCGAGACGACUCGUAGAGGAACAAAUGUAAUGAGCGACACCUAUAUUAGUUCAUUGUUAUGUUUUAAUCGUAACAUCAUAAUAACAUGAUGAUGAAUUUAUGAAAACGAACGGAGAGAAAAGGGAAAAAAUCUGGUAUAAUUUCCAGUGAAACUUUAAUCAUCACCGCAAAAUUACUGACAGGUGCUGAGUGUUUAAGUAGGUAUUACUAUAGCCGACCUACGGUGCUUACAAGGUAAACUGUUACAAAGUAUGUCGCUUUGUACACUUGAAGAAUCUACAAACAAUUUUCGUUUGCCCAAUAACUAUACUUCGUAGCUUUUAAUAACGACAAUUUGUCACUUCAUUGCGAGACUAGCCAGUAGAUUUUUGAUGGGGUGUGAAAUACGCAACAGAAGCUGGGCAAGCUGGACGAAGCCGGCAAAAGUAUAGUACGUUGACAUCUUUAUCGGCUAUGAUAAUAACAUCUGUUUUGUUCGGUGACUCUUGCCACAUCUGACUCUGCGGUAUUUCUAAUUAUUACAAUUGUGAGCACCAUACUCAUCAACAUAAACAACUGCAAUGGCGGAAGAAGGGCGAAACGAAAACGAAGUAAACCUCAGCCGAGUCAAUUUAUGUACUAGAAAAUGUUGUUGUUUCUUCCCUGUCUCUCAUAUAGUGAAAUCCCUAGCCCUACUCGGCCCUUUUUCGAAAGGAGAACAAGUAACACCUCAAAAUUAAUGAUCUGACAGUGCAUCGUAUUGGUCUCUUUCACUCCUCUUUCCUCAUGAGCUCUAUGUUUUAAUCGAUAGCGCGAAUCGAAUUACCCUGCAGUCGUUGUGAAGCGAAGUAACGAUAACUACAAGGUCUUACGCAUCGAAGAGAGUGUUUGUUGCCCGCAUAUGCGGCCAGAUCACCGCUACCACCAUUUUGAAAUGCACCACGUACGUACCAUUGCAUCUAAGGCGUGCAUAUGCUACUUAAUGCAUAAUAUCAAUAACUAUACUAUCUGCGUUGGAAGACUACUUUGGAGUAGCCAAUCAAGUACGUCCAAUCUAUAUACUGUUACUAUCCUAUAUAUAUAUAUAUAUAUAUAUAUAUAUAUAAAACAUCAUUUACUAGCAGAACACAAGUAGAGAGAAUUACUAGACGCAGUCCACGUAUUUCUAGUUAUAUAUAUAUAUAUAUAUAUAUACUCAGGUCUCUUGCAACGCAGAUGACGGUAACGGAAACUCUCUCCUACUUAGGCCAACAAAAGUAUAAGAAUGUGUCAAUGUUACAUACGUAUACAAGGCGAUCCAGGCCCAGAUAAUCCCGAGGCGAUCUGGAACAUGACGUCUAAAAACGUUAUAUAUGUAAUAAUAGAUAACGUAGAUAAUAUUAUUGUUAGGGCCCAGGGUAAGUUGGGUCGUUCGAAGGUGCCAAGGUAAAUUGGGCUAUCUUAAUUAGUGUGCCAUUGUUGCCGAUAGCAUCAAGACGUUUACAAACCGAUACUCUGAAACUGACCAUAUACAAUAUAUUGUGCUAUUAAUUUACACUCGUCUACAAAUGCCAAUAUUAUUACUAUUAUUAUUAUUAUUGGCAAACGGAACAAGCGGUAUGUACCCGUCGAUAUAAAAAGAAAAAGCUAUAACCCCUGAUCUGCGCGAAUUCAAACAUACGAGAAUAUCCCUCAUAUAAACGCCUUAGCAGAAACGUAGAGUUGGAAGUUCGGAAGCGAUCGUCGCCGACUCCCGCAGAAGAAUAGGUUUAUAAAUAACUACCGUCAAGACACGCAACUUGCCAUCAUUUUUCAGUUUUAACUGGUAGCGUGAUUUCAUGUUUAUGGUUCUGUUCAUCCGGAUUUUUAAAGGUCUGAGUAAAAAUUACAACAGGCACACGAGCGAACUGUCGUGUCUCGAAUUGAUUAUUAUAGCAGCAUUAAAGGAACUUGUUUUUAAUAUUAAUUUCUCAUGCAUCAGCAACGAUUUGAUCGAUGUCUGUAAGAAGCUGUCAUUACCAACAUAGGAGAGUCCUAGGUGUCUAACGGUUGUUAUGAGAAGCGACAUUAUCUGGCUUAAAAAUGUUAUUAGGCCUUAAUUAGGCCGUGCUUCAGGCGAUUGAUUCCUGUUAAUAUGGAACGAUGUUUACGCCCGAUUUAGAAGUAGAACAGGCAAAUACGACACUGCUACACCCUUCAGCUCACACGUCGCAUGACACAUUCGAAUUAUCAAAACUGACAAUUUGUCAAAAAAAAUGUUUAUUCUUGUUUCUCCUAUAUAUAUAUAUAUAUAUAUAUAUAUAUAUAUAUAUAUAUAUGUCUAUUUUCGUAAAAACUGGGAGGAGCCUGGUCCAAAUUGACGUUUUCGAAUAAAGUAAAGAAAAUAUAAUUCGAAAUAGAUCAAAUUGAUGUGUUUGUUCUCGCUUAAUAUACUAUGCUUUCUUCUACCUUUUUGGUAGGUGAGGGUAAUAGUUUCGAGGGCCAUUGAUCGUCCAACGCAACCUUGCACGCCCCUAAACAUCUAUAUAUGGCCAGGAGAUAUUUAGAGUCUCGUCAUACAAGGCGGUAUCAGAGAUCACCUAAAAAGCUUCAUCUAUAAGCCUGGAACUUUUUUUUUCUGGUCAUUUUUGCCAAUUUGAAAAUAUCUUGAUUACAUUUAUCUUGUUAUUGUUGUAACGUCGCAACAUGUGUACUAAAUUUAAUUAUCGCAGAAAGGCUGCUCAUGACAGCUGGUAUUUACUUAUGAAACGAAAUUGCCGAAGUUUGGCCAUUAGCGCCAAGUUGCGCGUCUUGACGGUUCUGCAAAUGGCAAACGCGGUAGUACAUAGAUCAACUAGAAACAGCCGUUGUGGCCUAAGUGUCGUCCUAAGUGUUAAUUGCCGGUAGAACCUUGUUGGCAGUAGAUCUUUUUCGAUGAUCAGAGCUAAGGUAUAGUACAUGAAACAACAAAUAACACGCUACUACUUGUUACAAUUUGCCUUCAAUUAUUAUUGUUAUGACUAUUUACAGCGUUCCUAGAAAAGUAAAAAAUCUCAUAAUAAAAAUAAUUUUCGC